AUCGCAACGAUUAAAAUCGCAAAUUGAAUUCGCAAAUUGCAUAUUUCAUACCUUAAUUAGUAGGAGAAGACAGAAGAGAGAGAAGCAGGUGGACCGUAGGUGCCCUGGAUCGCAAAUUCUAGUCGCCUGGUGCCCUGGUGUACUGGACGGUGGUCGGAGACUCAGAGUCUCAGAGGAGACAGUCAGACAGGAGAGGGGAAGAAAGAGUGGAGAAAGGCUGAGAGGAUUAGAGGAAUUAGGGUUUUUUUUAUUUUUCAUUAUAUACCUAGGGUAUUUAGUUUUGGGCCAGGCAGGGGUUUUUAGGAUUGGGCUUAUAAUUCGGUUUGGUUCGGUUUUGUUCGGUUUUUCAAUUUCCCGAACCGAAACCGAACCGAAAACCGAAUUUUUUUUAUUUUUGACACCGAAACCGAACCACCCUCCCAAAAAACCGAACCACAUUCCUUAUUCGGUUCGGUUUUUCGAUUCGGUUCGGUUUUACACCGAUUCACUUUCACCCCUACUUAUAAUGUUCAUAAUGAGAGAUAUUAAUCGUUAAAAAUGUGCAUUGGCAUACGUGAUAAUAGAAAGAUGUCAACUAAAAAAACCGAGUUUUUUUUUUUUUUUUUUUUUUUUUUUUUUUUUUUUUUUUUUUUGCAUGAUAAAAGUUCAAAACCCCUCCACUCUUUGAGCUCCACGUACAGUACAUUUAACUAGAGUUUUUAUGCAACAGUUCCCGGUCCUUAAGUUGAUUGUUGUUUUUCAAAGAAAUCAAGAGAUCUGAAAUCUUAAUUUGUCGAAAAAAAGAGAGAUCUGAAAUUCUAAACUUAUUGUUUCCAAAAAAAAAAAAAAAAAAAAAAUCGAAUAAAUAAAAUUCUAAACUUAUAAUUUGGAUAAGAGGAAUAAUAUUGUUUAAGAAUUUUGAACUCGAAGUACUAAUAUUGACUCGAAAUAGUUUCAUGCUACUAAACCAAAGGUUAUUGUUCUAGAUUUCUAGAAUAAAGAAAAACGGUGUAGGAUAGACUUAUAAAUUCCAAAAGUCUACCAAAUUUCUAAUUUCCAUACCCUUUAUUUGAAAAAAAAAGAUAUGUGAAAACCCAAAACUACCAUUAGCCAGACACUUCUCUACUUGGAAAAAGACCACCACCCAAAGGCCACGUAAACCCAAAAAAUUGGGCAAAUUAAAUACUAGAUGACGCAUCCAAGACUUAGCUUACGUAAUCCUGACCAAAAAACUUUCUUCCCGGGCUAUUCCUUAAUUUUUCUUCAUACACAUAAUGACUAUAUAUAUGUACAUCACUUCAUGUACUUUGCUAACCAAAAUAUUCUCAUUUCACAAUUCACACCAGCAAACCAACACAACUUCAUCCUCUCUUCAUUUUCUUUUUCUCUAAAAAUAAUAAUAAUGGAAGGUAGCACUAGCGAUAUUGUAAUGUCAUCACCUGUAGGAGGGGGAGCAUCGCCGUGCUCCCCCCAGUCUCCAAACUCUCCUCCUUCUUGUGGCCACGGACACCAGACAAGUUCUGGUAGUCCGCCGGUUAUAAUGAGCCCGUGUGCGGCUUGUAAGAUCCUUCGACGUCGUUGUGCUGAUAAAUGUGUGUUGGCUCCUUACUUUCCUCCUACUGAUCCCCUCAAGUUUACUAUUGCUCAUAAGGUCUUUGGUGCUAGCAAUAUCAUCAAGUUGCUCCAGGAUCUUCCAGAAUCUCAACGAGCCGAUGCAGUAAGCAGUAUGGUCUACGAGGCGAAUGCUCGGCUUCGUGAUCCGGUCUACGGAUGUGCCGGAGCAAUAUGCCAGCUUCAGAAACAAGUUAGUGAGUUACAAGCAGAACUAGCAAAGGCUAAGGCAGAAGUUGUGAACAUGCAAUGUCAACAAGCUAAUUUACUAGCCUUUAUUUGCAUGGAAAUGACACACUCUCAAGAUGUUGUCAUGCCUAACACUACGUCCUCAUCGUCGCCACCACAAGACCCGUACGAGACGAGCCCUAAUAAUAACAGUUUCUUGAAUUUCUACGAUGAUAACAACACGUUAAGCUCAGUUUGGGAGCCUCUUUGGACUUAGAAGAAAAUUUGAUAUGAUAUUUGAUGUUAGACAUUUUUUUUUCAACAAAAUAAGCCUAAAAUUCUUACUUAGGAAAGAAAUUAAAUGGGACAAAAAAAGUUGUUUCAUUAAGUCAUAGUUUUAUUAGAAGAAGAGAGACUUUGAAAUUGGAAA